AUGAGCACAUCAGCUGCUGAUGACGUUGAUAAGGCGGUGCAGUUUGUGCUGACUACACUCGAUAAAAAUGGUAAUUCGGAACUGACGACACUACAAGUCGCUAAGGAGCUCAAUAUAGAUCACCAAGCAGUUGUUGGAGCAAUCAAAAGUCUUCUCACUCAUGAUGGAAUAAUCCUAACGAGUGAUGCAUCUGAGAAAAGUGUGAAACUCACCAAUGAGGGAAAUGAAAUGGCCGAAAAAGGCUCCGCUGAAUAUCGCGUCUAUGAGCAAAUAGGUGCUGAUGGUGCUUUGCAAGCGGAUAUCAUGAAACAGCCAUUUGGGAAGGUUGGCGUGAACAAGGCCCUUGCUGCAGGCUGGAUUUAUAUUGAUAAAAGUGGC